CAAACCAUCCCUCAUAAAAUGAUAAUGUUCCUUUCUUUUCUCGUUAUUUAUUCAAUCGUAAUCAGCCUCUAUAUGAAUCGAAGAAAAAACUCGAAAAACCUGGUACUUUGUAUUGAUAAAAAUGCAUUACAGAUCAAACAUCGCAAGACCCAGCUGUUUCACAACGGCCCUUACAUGCAUGGCCCUAUCUGCAUUUUACCUAAUCUAUAUCUGGGUGCACAUUGCAACGCAGUCAAUAAGGAUCACCUGGCGCGACACUCAAUCACGCAUAUUAUUAAUGUUGCAAGCGAAGUACAUAUCGCUCCGGGCCUCUUCGAGUAUCACCAUCUGCAUUGGACGCAUUAUCAAAGAAAUCUAGCUCAGGUAGAGUUUAUUAAGGCGAUCAAGAUCAUCGAGGACGCUCUACAAAGAAAUCAAGUUGUUCUUGUUCACUGUCAACAGGGAGUCGAGCGAUCGGCAGCACUUGUUCUUGCUUACCUUAUCUAUUUGUCACGAAAAUCCAUGGUUCCAGAGUGCGCGGUCACAGCCAAGAAUUGGUCUCUAGAUCAUGCACUACGCUAUGUUCAAGAAAAGGUACCUGACAUUCACCCCAACAUGGAACUGUUAUAUCAACUUCGAGAAUUUGAAAGAUCUCUGACGAUAAAGCCACCCAAUAGUCAUCGUCAGUAUCUUUAUCGAUCUCAUUCCGAAUCAACACUUUAUCGUUAAAGCCUUUCCGAGAACGCACAAUUUGCAUAUGAAUUUUUGAUGAGUUCCUGAAACUGUUUAUUGUUUAAAUUUUUUUGUGUAUCAAUUAUACUUUAUGUGUUGCAGUAAAUAACUUCUAAUCUGUGCCCUCGUAAUAAAUAAAUUAUUUCAUCUUUCUUUGUCCUCCUUUUACGAUCAUUUGCCGCGUUUACGCAAUUGUUACAUGGUUUCUUGUCAUAAAGCCAGAUGAUCAUUAAAGAAUGAGAAGAUUCCCUUUG